UCAACGUAUAUGACAUCCAGCGGCGAAAGAGGCGGGCGGAAAAAAGUGAGAGAGAAAAGCUGCUGAGAUUGGGUCGAAUCGUCAACACGGAGAGCUGGAGAAAGAAAAGCACUAAAUAGCCAUCAUGAACCUAGAAAAUCUCAGCAAGUCAGAGUUACUGAUGUUCUUCAGUGUGCUUGAGGGGGAACUUGAAGCAAGAGAUAUGGUAAUUGAUGUGCUGCGAGCACAACACAAAGAUCGUUUCAUCCAAGAACGCUAUGGAAAGUAUGACAUCAGUGACCCAUUCCUUGCUCUGCAAAGGGACUGCGAAUCAAUCCGUGACGGGAAUUGUGUUGAUAAGCAAGCAGUGUGCACCAACCCAUUAUCUGUGCUUAAAGUAGUGAUGACGCAAUGCAAGAAGAUGCAAGACAGAAUGUUAGCCCAGUUGGCUGCUGCAGAGAGCAGGCACAGGAAGGUUAUUCUGGACCUCGAAGAGGAGAGACGAAGACAUGCCCAAGACACAGCUGAAGGUGACGAUGUGACUUAUAUGCUGGAGAAAGAACGUGAACGACUCACACAACAGCUGGAGUUUGAAAAGUCUCAGGUGAAGAAGGUGGAAAAGGAGCAGAAGAAGGUGUCCACGCAGUUGGAGGAAGAACGAUCACGGCACAAACAGCUAACCACGGUGUUGGUGAAAGAAUGCAAGAAAGCAACUAACAAGUCAGCAGAGGAAAUGCAGAAAGCUGCAGAGCUAAAAUUAAAGCUUGAGAAAGAACUGGAAAGGAGCUGUAAAUUGGAAGAAGAGUUGACCAUUGAGAAGAGACGGGCCUUGCAGAAGGAAGCCCAAAUGGAGAAGCAACUCUUUGAAUUUGACACUGAGAAGGAGCAGCUGAGAGCUAAGCUAAACCGCGAAGAAAACCAAACACGAGCUCUCAAUGAAGAAGUGGAACACUUAAAAAAAAUCAUUGCAGAACUUAAAAGUGGAGCAGGAACCUCCAUUAAAGCAACAGGGAAUGAAACAGGCUCAUCAGUAGGGGCUGGGUCUAAUAAAAGUAAAUCAUGCCAAGUAGAUUUUCCAUAUGUGGAAGUAAGCAGAAGUGAUACAAAAGCAGGACACUGCACAUCUCCUAAAAUGCCAGUGUUUGUUCCACAUCUAAACGGGCACUGUGCGACACUUGCAUUUAAUAACAAUGACGAUCAGUCAGCUCGUGACAAUGAAACAGAUGGCAUUUACGCAAAUGAGAAUAAACCUGUUUCUCCCACUCCGGAUCACGUCAGUGAAAAUGGAGCUGCCACGGUGACCAUGAGCUAUGCAGCACAUUUCACUGGUUCUCCAAACAACACCGUAAACUCGUCAGCUGCCUCUUCAGUAUCUUCCUCUCCAUGCUCAUCUCCUGUGUUGACAAAACGACUGAUUGGUUCAGCAAGCCCCACAACCAGCUUUCAGUCCUCCUAUCAAGCUGGGCUGAAUCAAAGGUUUCAUGCUGCUCGAUUUAAGUUCCAAGCACAGGCAGAGCAAGAUCAACAGACUGGUGUCCUUCAGAGUCCUCCGCCAAGGGAUCUGUCGCCCACUACCUUGGACAGUUCAGCUGCCAAACAGUUGGCUCGUAAUACUGUGACCCAAGUCCUUUCUAGGUUUACAAGUCAGACGAAUGCCCUCAAAACUACAAAUAAUUCCCCAUUUGGCACUGACUAUCGGCAGCUGGGCACUUCAACGAAAGCUCCAAUCAGUGAUGCCAAUCAUUCACCAAACAGUAGCAAAGUCUCUAGUCCUCAGAGUCCACUGGUACCUUGUAUAAGAUCACCAACGACAUCAAGGGUGGAUCGAGGCAAUCCUCCACCAAUUCCUCCUAAAAAGCCCGGCCUUGCACAGUCUCCAGCUUCACCACACCCACUUGGGAGAACGUCAGCGGAUGGUGGACCAACGCAAAUCGGGCUUGCUUCUAAAAACGAGUCAAGUACCUCCAGCUCUGUGCAACCACAGUGUUUCUUUAACUGGCGAGAAACAGGGAAUCAUGAGGAUGUCUCAUCAAAAUCGUCUUUGGACCAUGGUGCAGUGAUGGGCUCAGCAGAUGGUACUGACGCUGCAGUUUGUGUUGUGCCGCUAUCUAAUGAACCAAACCCUACAGCCUCCAUAAAGCUCUCAGCAGCUUCUGUGGAUGGUUGUAACACCACAGUUGACCUUCCGAACACUUGUGGCAUGGAUAACAGUUUGAUCACAACAUCCAAUAAAGAGAUUGAUAUACUUCUACCAACCAGUAGUUAAACUGUGUAGAAACCAGAUGUGAGUUGAUGCUUUUUUCACUCCUUCCAGAUAAUUGGAGUUUUGUAACAACAAUUUAUUAUUUAUAGCACAUUUUGUAUUUAUACAAUAUCCAUUUUUCUCUGCAUUUUACAAACUUUAGCAGUUACUUUUUUAGUCCUGAUGUCAAUGACAUUAAUUUAUGGAUUAAAUGGGAACUAUUAACUAAAUGUAUAAAAAUUCAAAAGCUCCCAUUUUAUAAAACACUUUUCAGUAUUACCAAUCAUUAAUUAAAGGAUGGAUUUACUGAAUGCUCCCCAAAAUGUUUUGAAGUUCCUUCAGGGUGUUUUGUCCAUUAUCUGUAACCAUGGCUUUUAUUGGUUUUCACUAACAUGUACAUUUAUAAUCGUGAAAAGUUCAUUGUGAAACUAAAAUGGGAAGAGAUUAAAAAAGGGAAUGAAAACUCUAUUUGCAAAUCUGGUUACAUACAUUUUGCAGCCCAAGCCAGCUUUUAUGUAAGAGAUGAUAAUGGUGCUGGGAAAUCCAUCAGGAAUUUCACAGAAAACUGCAAUCAAUUUUCUGAUGGUCACUUUGGUUCUUAUAAUGGUAAACCUGGGUAGUGGGUAGAAGAUAGUGGAUCUGAGAAACAUAAGAUUGCUUAUUUCUUUGUCAUAUAACUAAAAUAAUUUAUCCCUCAUUAUUGUUUUGUUCUGAUGGUGGUGGUGGUAGUAAUUGUUUUUGCUCUUGCAAUAAGUGCAUUUAAAACCUUUAAAUGGAUUAUCUCUUCAGUGAAGACUUCAGUUAAGCUAUAUAUAUUGCAUUAUUUUAUUAGUUACCUAACUGAUCCUAGGAGUAUUAGCAAAGGUUGCUGGUGAUGUUUAUUUUUCAUCUGGAUGCUAAAUUACUAGAAUAGACCUGUGAAUGAUGUUUUAAAUGCUGUAUUCCUCUGGUUUGAUUCAUUAAUUGCCAAGGAUCUGUAUAUCAUAUCAGAGGGAGUUACGAGUACUUUAACAACAGGUUCAAAUGUUUCUUUGAUUUGUAAGUAGCACAGCCAAAGGGAUUGCACAAUGUUCUGUUUUACAUCCAUUAGUUAAGUGUCAUUAAACUUUAGUCAGAGUCAGUUCAACAACUUGUGGUAUUCAGUGGCAGUCUUUGCCGGGCAAAUUUUGAGCAACUAUGUACUGUAGUAACAUCUUUAUAAUUUCCAAAGGCUUGUUUAAAUGCUCAAUUUAGCUAGAAUCAUGCAAUAGCCAGUACACAAUGGGGAGGAAAUCUAUGGUGUGCACAAGGCAUACACAACAUCAUGUACAAGAAGGUAGUACCAUUUUUACAAACUGAGCCUAUAAACUGAUGUUCUCCCCAGCGGGUGUGGUGUGGUAUUUUUUUUUUUAGUUUUUUUU